AUGAUGGAGGCCUUUCUUGGACGCGAGACAUUCAGGCGGGGAUUAAAGGUAAGAAAUUUCUUCCUGUGAAUUUUAGUAAAAGGGAUUUGCAGCAAAGGUCACGCUCUUUUAUUAAACCCAAUUGUAUUUUGACUUCCGUCUAAGUCCUCUUCUAUGACUGUCCACUGUAGGAUUAAUCCGUUAAUUCUUAAGCUUCUGUCCUAAAGCUCAACACCGAACUGUGCGCAUAGAUAUUUUUCCUAUGUUGAAUUUCACCUCACUAAAACGACUGAAAUUCUCUAGAUCUAUCUCGCGAGGCACAAGUUCAAAAACACCGAGUCCAUCCAUCUGUGGGACGCCCUUACCGAGGUAAUUGCUUUUUAUUAACAAACAAAUGUUCCUCCACUUUGCAUGGACAUUCACUGUUAAAUUCCGUCAGUAAUGAACUCAUCCCUUAAGUGCUGCUACGCAUACGUAGCUACUUCCCUCAAGAAUAUGUCACAUGAUAAAACGAAAAUAGACUAGCUUGCAACACUGGGGAAGAGAAAUGCCUUUAACAGAUAAUCCAAUUGGAUUAUAUGAAGGAAAUCUUAUACCUACUGAAUCUAUAUGCUAUUCCUACUGCAUGCGGUCAGCUUGGCAAAUAUGCGAGACGUCAUUUUGCGUCUUUUAUACCGAAAGGGACAGUGAGGUAAAAGAGCUAAGUUAUUGUUUUAUAAUCGAACCAGACGGAAAAGUGUUACAAUUUAAACUAUUCUCUAGAGGCACGUCUCCGUCCUCAAGCAGUCUAGUAGGCGGCAGACGAUUCGAUUUGAGUCGUCAAACUGUCGUUACGCAAAACAGGACUGACUGAAGGUCGAGCCAUGUGAAAUUCCCCGGGGCGUUACCGAAGACAUUUAAGAGUGUUUCUUGGUCCUAAAGUUAGUGGUAAACGGAGAAGGUGGCAGAAAAAAACCACUGAGUGGAAUUUCCAAAAAACCAAUGCAGGCCGGAAGGCGGACAGGUUUUGCGUAACCUGCCUGUAGCAGGUCGAGACAGGCGGCCCUCCUCGAGCUGGCCCCGUAUGAGUGUGGUUUAGUUGACAAUCAAAAGAAGAGUGGGCGUUCACCGGGAGGGGUUUAUUUGAGAUCCGACGGUGACAUGCGGGUUGGAUGCAGCCACACAGGCGGCAUUGGCGGAUCACGCAUUGGACAAAGGGCGCCAUAAUAAGGACUGCUGUGC